UUAAGCAUGAACGUGAAUCAGGGGACUGUGGGCAGCGACCCGGUCAUUUUGGCCACGGCCGGGUACGACCACACAGUCCGCUUUUGGCAGGCCCACAGCGGGAUCUGCACGCGGACAGUCCAGCACCAGGACUCUCAAGUGAAUUCACUUGAAGUAACACCUGACAGGAGUAUGAUUGCUGCUGCAGGUUAUCAGCAUAUCCGCAUGUAUGAUCUGAACUCCAACAAUCCCAACCCAGUGAUUAACUAUGACGGCGUUAGCAAGAACAUCACCUCUGUGGGCUUCCAUGAAGACGGACGCUGGAUGUACACGGGAGGAGAAGAUUGCAUGGCUCGUAUAUGGGACCUGAGGUCACGAAAUCUUCAGUGUCAGAGGAUCUUCCAGGUGAAUGCGCCAAUCAACUGUGUGUGCCUGCAUCCAAACCAGGCAGAGCUAAUAGUCGGAGACCAGAGUGGAGUGAUUCAUAUUUGGGAUCUGAAGACGGACCACAAUGAGCAGCUCAUUCCUGAGCCAGAGGUGUCGGUCAACGCAGUUCACAUCGACCCUGAUGCCAGUUACAUGGCAGCAGUCAACAGCUCGGGUAACUGUUAUGUAUGGAACAUGGCUGGAGGUAUGGGAGAUGAGGUGACGCAGCUUAUUCCCAAAACCAAGAUCCCCGCACACAAACGCUACUCCCUUCGCUGCAAAUUUAGCCCCGAUUCCACUCUGUUGGCCACCUGCUCGGCGGAUCAGACCUGCAAGAUUUGGAGGACGUCCAACUUUUCCCUGAUGACUGAGCUGAGCAUCAAAAGUAAUAAUCCUGGAGAGACAUCGAGAGGCUGGAUGUGGGACUGUGCCUUCUCUGGGGACUCGCAGUACAUUGUCACGGCUUCCUCAGACAACUUGGCCCGUUUGUGGUGUGUGGAGACCGGCGAGAUCAAAAGGGAGUACAGCGGCCACCAGAAGGCCGUGGUGUGUCUGGCCUUUAAUGACAGUGUGUUGAGCUGAGUAGAGGAGGAGGAAGAGGAUCAUGAUGAUGAUGAUGAUGAUGAUGAUCAGGACUGUGUGACGGUGAAAGCAAGACAGCAUAAAAAGGACUCCAAUUCUAAAUGGUAUAAAAUAUACAUCUUUGGGGGUUUUGAUUCUUUUUCUCUGGCUCUUGAGAAAAUUAAAACUUAACAAUGGA